CGAGCUCAAGAAUGCUCAUCGGCGAGUGUUGCGUCAGACGAUGCUGAUGAUGGUGCGCUCCAAGUCCAACGAUGAAAACGAGGGAUAUGGAGAUUUACUGCACGAGUUCCAGAAAUUAGUACGCGAGGCAGCGAACAAACGGAAACUGCCCAAACAGAAAGAGGAACCGGAAGAGCAAGGGAAAGCGGCCACUCCUGGAAGACGAACGACCACAAGACGACCUACGCUUUCAGCCCGGCGAGUUUCAAGCAUCAACCAGUCUCCCAUUACUGCACAAGCUUCCAGCCAAUCAACAGAAGCGGCCAGAGCAUUGGAUGUGCCAGCCAGCCAAUCACAGAGCUCCGCGACCAGAAGGCUCUCGUCUGCGACAUCGAAAAACCAAAUGGCAGAGAAUGCUAACGACUUUUCAUUGAAUCUUGGGUCACCGGGACGCCAAGACCAGUCCUCAUAG